CCCUACAAUCUGGCUCAUUCGUACAUUCAGCAUACAAACGACUAGACGCAAAAAUCCACACGACUAUUAACAACGAAAAUUAGAAUUUAUUAACUGAAAAUCCAAAGUGAAAUUAAUUUGAUGGAAAAUUAUUUUAAUGCAAAAGCAAUCGAGUUGACAAAAUUUAUAUUAUCUGAGAACAUUCUCCCAUUUAUUAGGUGAAACGAUUAAAACAGUGAAAACGAAAUAAUAAUAAAAUUAAACGAGAGAAAAGUUGAAAUACAGUUCUGUGUUAGAGUUACAUUAUAAUUGCAACGAGUGAUAAGUUGAUUUUUUCCUUGACUGCAAAAAUAUUUUAAUUAAAAUUUUAAUUACUCAGACUGUUUAACAGUGUUGUGCAGCUAUUAAUCCAUAAAAAGUCAUUUAAUGGUUAUUUGUAACACCACUACACCGAAUCGUCUUGCAACGCCGGUUACUUGCACUAAAACAUCAGUUCCAUUUGGACGGUGCAAUUCUUGCUCACAAGCAAAACAAUUAGCCGAAAUUCUGUUCGAUUACUGCGCAGAUUGCAACAAAAUCGAUAUGCCGGCUCUACCGCAGAGUGCAUUUGCUGUUAGCAAAAUUCGUGCUAAUAUGGAAAAGAAUAUGACCGUUGGUAAGGUCAAAACCGGUGAAAAACAACCGGACAAUCAUCUCUAUCCGAAUAAGAAGCUCAUGGACUAUACUCCAGCCAAGUAUAACAGCAAGUUCAUGAAUGCUAUUUGGGGACACUACAAUCGCUAUUCACCGCAUAAUAUUAAGAGUAAGGAAGCUGACGCCCAAGGAGAUUGUAAUCAGCAUCAGCAAUAUCGCAUUGCUGCUGCUGGACACGACAUCCUAAAGAAGGUGUCGAUUAACGGUGUUGGAUGGGAAUUCAAAGUCUGAAAAUCAAUCUGAAGUGAUAUUUUUGUUCGUCAAUUACUUAUGCGGGACUUCAAUUGUGUAAAUUAAAGAAAAAAUUAUUUUCAUUGUAGAAAUAUUGGAAAUCUAGAAAUAAAUUUUUAG